UCUCGUCGCCGCAGUAUUUCCUGUUUGGAUUAUCUUUUGCUUCUCCCCAGCUGCCUCCUUCCUCUCACACUCCCACUCACCCCCCGCUCCUCCGGCUCCUCCGUCGAAGCUGCCCUCGGCCCGGGCUGGUUCCUCCCGCCCGCGGGCGCCCCGGCCGCCCCUCCCGGGCCGCAGGCGAGCCCCCCGGGACCAUGAGGAAAUUCAACAUCAGGAAGGUGCUGGACGGCCUGACCUCGUCCUCGGCCUCGCAGCAGCCGCCGCCGCCGCAGCACACGCCGGGGACCCGGGAGCCCGAGAUCCAGGAGACGCUCCAGUCCGAGCACUUCCAGCUCUGCAAGACUGUUCGCCAUGGAUUUCCCUAUCAACCCUCAGCCCUGGCCUUUGAUCCUGUACAGAAGAUCCUGGCAGUGGGAACUCAGUCUGGUGCUUUGAGGCUCUUUGGUCGUCCAGGAGUAGAAUGUUAUUGCCAACAUGACAGUGGAGCUGCAGUAAUCCAGCUCCAGUUCCUGAUUAAUGAGGGAGCUCUUGUGAGUGCCUUGGCUGAUGACACCUUACAUUUAUGGAAUUUACGUCAAAAAAGACCUGCCAUACUACAUUCACUUAAAUUUUGCAGAGAAAGGAUUACAUUUUGCCAUUUGCCUUUCCAGAGUAAGUGGCUCUAUGUGGGCACUGAACGAGGUAAUAUACAUAUUGUCAAUGUGGAGUCCUUCUCACUCUCAGGCUACGUCAUUAUGUGGAAUAAAGCCAUUGAACUGUCAUCUAAAUCUCAUCCAGGACCUGUUGUCCAUAUAAGUGAUAAUCCAAUGGAUGAAGGAAAGCUUUUGAUUGGCUAUGAAUCUGGAACAGUAGUAUUAUGGGACCUAAAAUCAAAGAAAGGUGACUACAGAUACACAUAUGAUGAGGCUAUCCACUCUGUGGCUUGGCAUCAUGAAGGAAAACAAUUUAUUUGUAGUCAUUCAGAUGGCACCUUGACUAUAUGGAAUGUGAGGUCCCCUGCUAAACCUAUACAGACAAUCACUCCACAUGGAAAACAGUUAAAGGAUGGGAAGAAGCCAGAACCAUGCAAACCUAUCCUCAAGGUGGAAUUCAAAACGACUAGAUCUGGGGAACCUUUUAUUAUUUUAUCAGGAGGUUUGUCAUAUGAUACUGUAGGAAGAAGACCUUGCUUAACAGUUAUGCAUGGGAAAAGUACUGCUGUGCUAGAAAUGGACUAUUCCAUUGUUGAUUUUCUAACUCUUUGUGAAACACCAUACCCAAAUGAUUUUCAGGAACCAUAUGCUGUGGUGGUUCUUCUAGAAAAGGAUUUAGUACUGAUAGACCUUGCACAAAAUGGAUAUCCUAUAUUUGAAAAUCCCUACCCUUUGAGUAUACAUGAAUCCCCUGUUACAUGUUGUGAAUAUUUUGCUGAUUGUCCUGUGGACCUUAUUCCUGCACUUUAUUCUGUUGGAGCUAGACAGAAACGUCAAGGUUACAGCAAAAAGGAAUGGCCCAUCAAUGGAGGUAAUUGGGGCUUGGGUGCUCAAAGUUACCCAGAAAUAAUUAUUACAGGGCAUGCUGAUGGGUCUAUUAAGUUCUGGGAUGCUUCUGCAAUAACUCUACAAGUAUUAUAUAAACUAAAGACAGCUAAAGUAUUUGAAAAGUCAAGAAAUAAAGAUGACAAGCCAAACACAGACAUUGUAGAUGAAGAUCCGUAUGCCAUUCAGAUCAUCUCCUGGUGUCCCGAAAGUAGAAUGCUAUGCAUAGCCGGUGUUUCAGCUCAUGUCAUUAUUUACAGAUUCAGCAAACAAGAAGUUAUUGUAGAAGUCAUCCCGAUGCUUGAAGUUCGAUUGUUGUAUGAGAUCAAUGAUGUGGAAUCCCCGGAGGGUGAGCAGGCACCACCUCUGCCGACACCAGUGGGGGCUCCCAGUCCUCAGCCCAUCCCUCCUCAGUCUCACCCUUCCACCAGCAGCAGCUCCUCUGAUGGCCUUCGAGAUAAUGUCCCUUGUUUAAAAGUUAAAAAUUCACCACUUAAACAGUCACCAGGUUAUCAGACAGAACUAGUUAUUCAGUUGGUAUGGGUGGGUGGAGAACCACCACAACAAAUAACCAGCCUGUCAGUCAAUUCUUCCUAUGGAUUGGUAGUUUUUGGCAAUUGUAAUGGCAUUGCAGUUGUUGACUACCUACAGAAAGCAGUACUCCUCAACCUGGGCACUAUUGAAUUAUAUGGCUCUAAUGAUCCUUAUCGGAGAGAACCCCGGUCUCCUCGUAAAUCUCGACAACCUUCAGGAGCAGGUCUGUGUGAUAUUAGUGAAGGUACUGUAGUUCCAGAGGAUCGCUGCAAAUCUCCAACUUCCGGUUCGUCAUCACCACACAAUUCAGAUGAUGAACAAAAAAUGAAUAAUUUUAUAGAAAAGGUGAAGACCAAAAGCAGAAAGUUUUCCAAGAUGGUAGCCAAUGAUAUAGCAAAGAUGUCAAGGAAGUUAAGCUUGCCUACUGACCUAAAGCCUGACUUAGAUAUAAAAGAUAAUUCCUUCAGCCGGUCCCGGAGUUCCAGCGUAACCAGCAUUGAUAAAGAAUCUCGAGAAGCAAUCUCUGCUCUCCAUUUUUGUGAAACUUUUACUCGAAAGGCAGAUUCGUCUCCUUCCCCAUGUUUAUGGGUUGGUACCACGCUGGGAACAGUGCUUGUCAUUGCACUAAACCUUCCCCCAGGAGGAGAGCAAAGACUUCUUCAGCCAGUAAUUGUAUCUCCGAGUGGUACUAUAUUGAGGUUAAAAGGGGCGAUCCUGAGAAUGGCAUUCCUAGACACCACUGGCUGCUUAGUGCCACCUGCAUUUGAAUCCUGGAGAGAACUCAGUGUUCCUGAAGAAAAAGAUGAAAAGGAGAAAUUGAAAAAAAGACGACCGGUCUCUGUAUCCCCUUCCUCUUCUCAGGAACUUAGUGAAAACCAGUACGCAGUGAUAUGUUCUGAAAAGCAAGCAAAAGUAAUCUCACUGCCAGCUCAGAACUGUGCUUAUAAGCAAAACAUUACAGAGACCUCAUUUGUUCUUCGCGGAGAUGUUGUGGCAUUGAGUAACAGCAUCUGCCUUGCCUGUUUCUGUGCCAAUGGACAUAUUAUGACUUUUAGUUUGCCAAGUUUAAGGCCUCUGUUGGAUGUGUAUUACUUGCCCCUUACCAAUAUGCGGAUAGCCAGAACGUUCUGCUUCACCAACAAUGGGCAAGCAUUGUAUCUUGUUUCACCUACAGAGAUCCAGAGACUCACUUACAGCCAAGAGACCUGUGAAAAUCUUCAGGAAAUGUUGGGUGAACUCUUCACUCCUGUAGAAACACCUGAAGCACCAAACAGGGGAUUCUUUAAAGGUUUAUUUGGCGGUGGUGCCCAAUCUCUUGAUAGAGAAGAACUAUUUGGAGAACUGUCCUCAGGAAAGGCUUCAAGAAGUCUUGCACAGCAUAUCCCUGGUCCUGGUGGCAUUGAAGGCGUGAAAGGAGCUGCAUCUGGAGUCGUUGGUGAAUUGGCACGAGCCAGGUUGGCACUAGAUGAAAGAGGGCAGAAACUGGGUGACCUGGAAGAAAGAACCACAGCCAUGUUAUCCAGUGCAGAUUCAUUUUCUAAACAUGCUCAUGAGAUGAUGUUGAAAUACAAAGAUAAGAAGUGGUACCAGUUCUGACCACCAGAAGUCCAACUAAGUCCAACUUCAGCCAAAAGGAAAAAGAAUUUUCCUCUUUCAUUUCAUUGAUUUUAGUUUAGGAAAGUUAACAUGAAAGGGUGUUCGUCACUGGAGACUAUUCUUUCCUAGCACAGUCAUGCACUGUUUUACCUCGGUCCUGUGGCUUUAACAGGCGUGUUCACACACUCGGUGUGGAGCAGAGGCUGUGUGCCCGCUCCGACAUAGCAGUCUGGGAACUGAGCAGGGCACACUUUACAGAUGAAGAAACAAAGGGGGAUGCUGAGGCAUGGCAGGGGCUGUUCCUGGAUCAUUCCUGUGUUAAACUUUCAUAUGCCAAAAGAGUUAUGCUGUUGUGUCUGCCAUCAGUGUUUGACCUUUGAGGGAGAGGCAAGAAGUGAGAAGUUCUGAAGCUGAAAUGGUGGUUUGUCUCACUGAGUGAAUUAUAAACAGCUGUCUUGGACUUUCCCUCCCUUAAACUGACUGGUCAUCAGUAUCAUUAGUGAAAAAAGAAAAACUGUUUGUUACCAUAUCUUUAGACAGAUAAGCUGAAUGGUGGGCUUUAAAUAAUAAAAACAUACACACAGUUGACUUGUGUAUGGGCUACUCUUGGAUUCUUGUUAUUGUAUACUUGUGUUUAGUCCAUAUUUUGUCAAAAGCAAAACAAGGUGAUACAUCACUUUUCAUUGAAAAGAAAAGUGUAGAGCAUGACUGAACUGCUCAUCGUUCUAGGAGUUUCCAUGUGGUGGCUAAACAGUGUGGAAAAGUGAGAAAAACCUCCGUUGUGGUGAGGAGAAUACUUCAAUGCCCCUCGUCCUUGUUCUCAUUAAUUCAGCUAAAGAUGGAUUUGACCAAAAUAGUUACCAGUUACAUUUGUAGAAAUGUUGAAAUUGGCUAAGUUUUUCAUUUUGCUUGAAUUUUUAUAAAAUGUUUAACCAAAUAUACCUUUGCAUUAUUUAAUUAAAAUUGCUUUAUAAAUGUUUCAUUAUUUCAGUCAAGUGCUCAGCUCCCUUUUCAAAAUGCCCUUGAUUUGCUGACAGUUCCAGUACACUCAGGUGAUGAGCCAGUUAAAUCUCAGCGCACAUGCUGUCGCAUGGAGAACCACAAGCAUCUGUCGUCAAUAAUUACUUAUAUACGAGUCUAGUCUGAUGACCUACAAAACAUUUCCUGUAGAAAUAACACUAUACAUCUGUACAUGUCCUUUCAAGGUUUUCAAAAGCCCAACGAAAGGAAAAUAUGUGCAUUUUUGUAACUAAAUUAUUUCUGUAUUGGAAUAUAAUGCAAAUGAGACUGGCAGUGGACAAUAUAUGUUUGAUUCCCAAAAUAGCAUUACAGACAGAAAGGAUGCAAUUCGGUAGACCUUGGAAGGAAGGAAUUUCAUAACACAGGCAUCUGAGAUUAUUAUUGAUUGUUAUUAAAGCAACAAAGGAAGAGCAAAACAGAAGCAUUACCCUUAAUGAAAUUUAAAUAUUUUUUUUCUACAAAGAAAUUGUUUAAAACCGUUUUCUUUUUUCAUUGAGAUAAUUAGAGCACAAAUUGAUAGCAAACAUGAUGGUUGUUUUUUCUAUUCCAUAUGAUCAUUAAAGGUACCUGUAGAACACCUUGAUUCCAUGCAGUCUGUUAUGCAUCGUUUCCUCUUCACUGUUUGUUUACAUUUUAUAACGUGCACUACGGGAUACAGAUGUUUACAUUAAAAUUUACUUUAAAUAUCAUUAGAGAGGGAC